GGCUGAGAAUUUCUGUUCUAGCCUGCGAAGCAAAGGCUUGCUUCUGUUAAGCCUCCUCAAUACAUGCCAACAUACCUUACCAACGCCAACCCUUUAACCGACAGUCUGCCCCUAUGAUAGGUUACCUCACAAGCCAUCGAGAUGCCUCACAAGCCAACAAUCUUGGCAACGGUGCCAUUUAAGUCGACCUUAUUGCCUCGGAGAAGAGGGGUAGCGUAACUCUCAUCAUUCACAACCCCCUCAAACUGCCUCCAUAAUCAAGAUUCCGUAGCUCAUACUCCGCCCAAAUGGCCGACGCAUGGAACUUCAUUAAACGUCCCUUCACCGAGCCCAAAGUGACUCUGAGCCGCGACGCCCGCAAGGCUGGCUCCCGCAAAGGUCCCAAUGGCACCGGUCUCAGCCGUGAGAAGCGUGCGAAGCAUCUCGACGACGACGAGCUCCUCGAGAAACACGCUAAUGCCUACUCAAAAGCGAUGAACCAUACCGGCGCCUUCUAUAACUCAUACAAUAAAACGUAUACUCGCGCCAAUAACAUCCUGCACAAACCACAUCGCGGAAUUCCAGAAGAGAUUAAAACGGGGAGGACGUUGCUCAGCGCUGGCGAGAUGGUGGACCGCUGGGAUGAUAGCUUACACCAGCAUAACAGAGCAUAUGACUACAAGAGGCAGCUCACGGCGCGUGGACUACGGCCAUCGGUGUCAGAAGAGAAGGAAUGGGACUCUUUCUCUGAAGGAUGGAAUCGGAAGCGUGAGCCGACUAUAAAAGCCGCGGACAAGAAACUGGGCAAUGCUCAAAAGAUCGCGAAGCUGGCAGAGAGGCUAGACAAAGAAAGAAAGGAUCAUGAGUCAGAGGAGUCAAACAGCUAUUCAGAACCUCAUUAUACCUAUACAAGCUCUUGUGACGACGACGACGAUGACUACUAGCAGGAUUGUUGGAAAAGCUGGUGUUCCUACCAGGUUUUCAUCAAGCUCAGCACAAGCGCAGCUUCA